AUGGUCACCAAGAAACAGCUCGUCAUCGGCUCGGUCACGGCCCUGGUUGUCACAGGUGCCUCCAUCGGCAUCUGGCAAGGCAUCAGUCAUGCCCAGGGAUCUGACUCGGGCCGCAAUCUGUCGACGGACUCGGGCUCAGGCUCCAGCUCCAGCUCAAGUUCCAGCUCAAGCUCAAGCUCUGGAUCCAACUUGGCACUGCCAUCUUCCGGCAACGCACCAACCAAUGCGCCUCCGCCGCCUCAACCACCACCACCACCUCCUCCUCCUCCUCCUCCUCCACCAAGCGCGCUCUGUGGAGUCCGAAAGAGCUGGGAUACUCUGGCCCAGGACGAGCGCAAUAGGUUUAUUGCUGCUGUAAAGAAGCUCAAGACCGGUCCGAUCGCACCUGGUAACCAGUACCAAUACGACGACUUUGUCAAGAUACACUUGGACCAAACCAACAAUGCCCAUGGCGUGGGUGCUUUCCUCCCGUGGCACCGCAAGAUGAUCAAGAUAUAUGAAGAGCAUCUCCAGCGCAUCGACAGCUCUGUUUCGCUGCCAUACUGGGAUUGGUCGAAUCUCCAGAUCUCGCAGAACCCCGCCGGAAGCAGCAUCUUCACCGCAUCGGCCUUGGGCACGCAUGGCUCGGGAACCGACUAUUGCCUCGUGGACGGCAUUUGUGCAGGCUGGAAAAAGGUGUACCCUGAAAGCAGCGCCGGCGAUUGCAUCAAGCGGCAGUGGGAUCAGCCCACAUCCAUCUCUGCGUUUCCGCCGCAGGGCCUGAUCGACAACCUCAUGUCGAUCACCGACUACAAAACAUUCGAACAGUCACUUGAGGGCUACCACGGCAUCCCGCACGUCAAUAUCGGAGGCACUAGUGGCGACAUGACGAACAUGUGGUCCCCAAACGACCCCAUUUUCUUCCUUCACCAUGCCAACAUCGAUCGCAUCUGGAGCAUAUGGCAACAAGUCUCCUCACAGAACCUCAAUGCCUAUGGCGGACCACCACCCUCGAGUGGCGGCCUCUCACCCGCCGCAGCGACCCUCGAUGACCAGCUGAGUCCCUUUGGGGUAACACCCCGGGAUGUCAUGGACAACACCAAGGUCUGUGUUAGCUACCAAGCGCCAGCCUCGCUGCUUGAAGAGGAUAUCCCCAAGGUUCUGAAGAAGCCCCCACGCCUUUCGGAUGCCACCAUCUUGGCCUUCAAUCCCAAAGCCAAUCUCACCUUCCAGCACGAGCUCGAGGAUCAAAUGGAAAAGUUUAUUGACGAUUUCAAUACAGCAGCAGCAGCGGCGGCGGCGGCAGCAGCAAGUGCUACUAUAGCGUCUCCUGCUGUCGUUGCGACGGCUGCAUCGGACUCGAAUUGA